CCACCCUCCUCUUUGCUUCUCUCCGACUACCCUCGGGGCACACACGCCUCGUACUUCGUUUUGCCAUGUCAUCGAUACCUGUAGCGGUAGGUACGCUUGCUUCUACACGCAUCGUACUUUUCUCAAAAUUUCAUCUUCCACUUUACCGUCCCCUUCUAUUUUCCUCUACUCCGUCCACCCAAAGGGCCUAGGCCUAGGCCAUGGACGGCAUGGACCAGGAAAACGCCAGCUGUCACACCAUCUACUCCAUACCCCUUUCAGCGUUUUGGUUUGUUCGGUACUGCAUAGUCCAAUCUGUAGUAUUCGUAGUUUGGUCAGUUCUCUCUCCUGCGACAACUGUCAGAAUAUGGCUGGGUAAUCGUUGCGGUGUGCAUGUAACUCGUACUCUCUCUCUCUCCUCUGGAAUGGGCCAUGACCCAACGGCUGAAAGUGUAUAUGCAAGUUCACGCAUCGAUGCCCCAUGGCAAGCUGUGCUUAACGACGGCGGGCUUAAUAGGGCAAUGUACCCAACGUGCCGUUGAGCCAUAUCACCACACCCCCUUGGAGAGCUGAACCGUCUGAAUGGUGCAACACACCGAGAAAGACAAAGCUGUGUAAAGGAAAUGAAUGGCAGAGCAA